AUGAUUAAUCUACAAUUGUGCUCGAUACACAAUUCCCCCAGCUUAUCUUGCUUACCAGAUACCGUUGUGGAAUGUAUUUUCCAGUAUGUGGAUCAAUUUGAUUUGAUCCAUUUUCUGCAGGUGAGUCAAAGGUUCCAUUCUAUUGCAAAUAAAAGACUAUACAAAAGAGUCACCGUUAUCUUGAACGCUGAGUACCCUACUAGGUACGAGGGGGACUCCAAGUUCUACAUCCGAGAAAAUGGAAUCAAGCACAUGGAUUCCGCACUUAUCUUGAACUACUCCAAUUUGAUCAAGUUUAACCAGACUUUAAUGGAGAAGCCAGAAUUGACCGACAAUAUCAAGUUUUUCGUUUUCGACAAAUGUUCCACUUUGAAGGGUAAUGUACCCACCAGUGAUGGGGUUCUCUGCUCCAAGGCACUCAACCAACUCCAUUCCGACUUGAUUGACUUUUUCGGUACUCAUUCCAAAUCAUUGAAUUUUCUCCACAUUACCUUUAUUGAUUUCGUGAAUGGACUUGAAAAAUUGAACAAGUUCUUACAAAAUGGGAACAUUAGGAAUAAGUUGUUCAAGCUAUUUAUCAAUAGCUUGCCUGAAUUAUACACUCCGAAGUUGCCCAUGGGUAUAACCAAUUUGUUUUUGAUGUUGGACGAAUUAGAGUUGAGUAUGACCCCGCAAAUCGAUAUUGGAUGUGACCAACCCUAUGAAAUCUUCAAUUCCUUGCAGACUUUGACCUUUUCUACGACGGAUCACUUGGGAUUGGAGAUAAUCCGAAAAUUCAAACUCAGAUAUGGUGAGAAGUUGAAAUUGAAGGGCUUGACGAUAUUCCAUUGCCAUAAGGAAGCAGAUGCCAGUACAUUGGAGGAGACGGAAUUUCAAUCCAGUAUAGAUCACGAAAACCAAGCUAGGAACGAUUAUAUACAUUCCAUUGAUAAACAUAUAACAUUCCAAACAAUAUCAGAAAAAAUUGAUAUAACUUGCUUGAAUCAAUUCUACUUGAAAAUCGAUUGCUUUUCGGAUCGAAACAAUGUGGGAUGCAAUUGUUUCCCGACUUUCUUUCAAGACUUGUCAGACUUUCUGAUCCAAAAUGGCGGAUUACCUAACCUUGAGAGUUUUGAGUUGGAAUUGUUUCCAAAUUUGGAAUGGUUGAGACCUCAUCAGAUGCUUGAGAGUAUCUUAGGACCCUUGGGCACAUUUAUCAAAACGUUGUCAUCCCUUUCAAGACUCAGUAUAGAUUUUUCAACACUUGGGUUUAAAAUGUUUGAUAACGGGAUUGGUUUGUCCAGUGUACUCUUGAAUAAAUUGAACGAAAGAUUAAUGCAGGCGUUUUUCUUAUGUUUCUUCUCCACGGUGGCAGGCAGUACUAGUCACGAUGACAAUCCACAAUCCCAAGCGAUUCUGCAGCUGCAACUGACUGUGGUUCAGAACUUGAAAUCACUUCAGCUUCCAGACUUUUUGACUUCGUUCAUCUACUAUAAGCCUGACUUUUAUGAGUCAUUCUUACACACUUGUCAAUGUUCAGGUUGUGCUGGUGUCUUAAAAUUGUUAGAAAAUCAGUUUUAUCCAUUACACGAAGAGAAUGAAGACGAUGAAGAUGACGAUGAUGAAGACGGGGAAAGUGCAUUGGACCUUCAAUCCACAUAUUAUUUGUUAAUCGGGUUCAUUCUUGGGAAGCUUCAGGCCGACAGAGAAGUCUGCAUACCAAUUAAAAAGAACACAUCGAAUUACAGAUAUUACCCUAUAUACAAAGGACAGCUGCAUACAUUGCAUCACCAGUUCCACAAGCAUGUGCAUGGCGGCGAUGCCGACGAGGAUUGUGAAUGCAAGUGCUUCCACACUGCAUCCACUCCAGUCAACGAUCCAACCGGUUCCUCGCCUUUGAACAUAGAUAACCUUGCAACCACAUACAUUAUUCAUCAGCUUAGACCUAUCGUUGAGUAUUUGACUAAAAUAUUUGUCGAGUUGGAUAGUUUAAUGAUUCACGGAAUUUACUACGAAAAAUGUGAAGAUGGAACCAUGAAGCUGGUUUUUGAUGCCGAUGAAUACCCUACUGAAAUAAAGGAAAUGCCAAUAGAGAAUAACGAAUCCAUACCCUUUGGGAACUUUAAAAAGAUCAUAUAA